GCAGGAGGAGUGAGACUCCAGGUGGAACCGCGCUCCGCUCCGCUCGCACACUGCUUUCCAAUGAAAGUGUAGAGAGGGACCGCGCAGCAGGGGCUCACCUUUCCAACUCCUGCUGGAUUAUUUUACCUCCUCAGGUUUUCGGGGGGUUAUACAAGGACAUCUGGCCGACCUGUUGAACCAUCACACCAUACAUCAUGAGGAGAACAUCGCUCGCGGUCAUCUGUCUUGCGCUCCUCCUGUCCUGUGCAUGCUGGGCCAAGCCUAAUGGAUCAAAGAACAAGAAACCAAAGCAAGUUGUUCCAGAAAUUGAGUGUGACGUCAGAGCGGGAAAGAUCAAUCUCCCAGAGUUCAUAGCCAAAUGUCCCGCUCACUGUAAAGAGACCAAGCAGCAGGUCUAUGGGACUGGCGUGUUCGCCUCCAUCUCCAGCAUCUGCAACGCAGCCAUCCACAGCGGCGUCAUCACAAAUGCCGGGGGGAAAGUCAUCGUGAGGAAGAUGGCCGGACAGAAUAUCUACAAAGGGAGCAAUUCCCAUGGGGUGCGCUCGUUGUCCCUGCCCAAGUGGAGGGAGUCCUUCGUUGUCUCAGUGGGGAAGCCCAAGAAAGGAGUCAUCUACCCGUCGACUCUGGACUACGUUCCUUCAAGACCCACCUACGUGAAAACAAGUCAAAAGGAGGGCAGAGCACCUGCGGCCACGACGGCGCUGCCGACGACGACCGAAGCCACCACGACCACUCCCGAGCCGACCACCACCACCGCCGCCGCCACCACCACCACGCUGGCUCCCACCACCACACCCCCACCCCCGCCCCCCACCACCAAGGCCCGGGCCGCUGCGCACAAAGUCAGGGAUGCAGGCAGCGGUCACCCCUACCUUGCCCAUGUGGCAGCCGCAAGUUCAAGACAGUCACAGAGUGGUCAAGGAAAGAGCCCCGGUCAAGUAUUCAGAGGAGGUUCCUAUCCAAAUAGAUUCCCUCAGCGUGCCAGUGCAGGUCUGCGGCGACCGGAGGCGGGUUCAGCUAUAAGGAGACAGCCGUCCUCUCCUGUCGGACCAGCUUUUCCCAGAAGGGAUUGGCCACCCCACUCUUUUGCCCGUCCCGAUUGGUUCCCUGGAGCUCGCCGACCAGCAGAUAUUAGUUAUUCGGUUCCAGACUCCGGAUACACAUGGAGUGAGGUGGACACAUCUGAUGUCACAGCUCGGGAUCACAGGCCUGAUAUCUCAGAGUAUGAGCGCUGGCUUUAUAACUUUGGAGCAUACCCCCCUCGAUCCCCCGAGUCAGAUGGCAGCCAUAAAAUGCCGCUCGAUACAGGCCACACUAAAGUGGAGCCGGUGGACACCUGGAAGCCAGAAGCAAACCUCUAUGAAUCAGGCUUCAAUGUGAGAGAGCAGGAACCAGUACCCAGACCCGUUCCCAGACCACCGCCUGAACCCGUGACGCAGGGAGACCCAAACUGUAAGGUGGAUCUGGCCUUCUUGAUGGAUGGGAGCUGGAGCAUCGGGAAGCGGCGUUUUAAGAUCCAGAAGGACUUCCUCGCCGAGGUGGCGCAGGCCAUCAACGUGGGCGUGGCCGGCCCCAUGAUGGGCAUCAUUCAAUACGGCGACGAGCCCGUGACGGAGAUCAGCCUGAAGACGCACUCCAACUCCCGGGAGGUGAAGGCGGCCAUCGAUAAGAUCGUGCAGAAGGGCGGCCUCUCCCAUGUGGGAAAAGCCCUGUCCUACAUCAACAAGCAGUACUUCAGCGACGCCAAUGGGAACAGAGGGGGGGCCCCCAACGUGGCCGUGGUGCUGGUGGACGGGUGGCCCACGGACAAGGUGGAGGAGGCGUCCCGACUGGCACGGGAGUCCGGCAUCAACAUCUUCUUCGUCACCAUCGAGGGCCCAGACGACAGCGAGAAGCAGAACCUAGUCGAGGCCAACUUCGUGGACAAGGCCGUGUGCCGGACCAACGGCUUCUUCUCCCUCCCGGUGAACAGCUGGUUCGCCCUGAGGAAGGCCGUGCAGCCUCUGGUGAAGCGGCUGUGCGACACGGACCGCCUGGUCUGCAGCAAAACCUGCCUGAACGCCAACGACAUCGCCUUCGUCAUCGACGGCUCCAGCAGCGUGGGGACCGGCAACUUCCGCACGGUGCUGCAGUUCGUGGCCAACGUCACCCGGGAGUUCGAGAUCUCCGACACGGACACGCGGGUCGGCGCCGUGCAGUACACCUACGAGCAGAGGCUGGAGUUCGCCUUCGGCCAGUACGACAACAAGGCCGAGCUGCUCAACGCCAUCAAGCGCAUCAACUACUGGAGCGGCGGGACCAGCACCGGGGCCGCCAUCACGUACGCCGCCGAGCAGCUCUUCAGCAAGUCCAAACCCAACAAGCGCAAGAUCAUGAUUGUGAUCACGGACGGGCGCUCGUACGACGACGUCAGGGCGCCCGCACUGGCCGUCCACCGCCAAGGAGUGAUCGCCUACUCCAUCGGCAUCGCCUGGGCGGCACAGGACGAGCUGGAGUACAUCGCCACCGACCCCGACAAGGAGCACUCCUUCUUCGUGGACGAGUUUGACAACCUGUACAAAUUCGUGCCAAAGAUCAUCCACAACAUCUGCCAGGAGUUCAACUCCCAGCCCAGAAACUAAGGAUGGACGACAAACGGAGGGACGGACGGAGGGAGGGGGAGGGGCAAAUGGACGCUGGGAUGUCCUGACGGGACGCCGAUUGUAAAUUUACUCACUGUGUCGCCCAGAUGGCGGCGCUGGAUUGGCCGCAGCACCCCAGGUUUGAAGGGAGAAGGGGGGGGUAGGAUUCAGGCGAGGAAUUUGUGUGCGGACGGAGCAAAUAUUCAAGAAACAGUUCCUAAAUUACCGGCAGCGAGAACGGUGAAGAGUCUGAAUACACAGUGACGCUGUCCUUCACUGAGCUGCUUCACUUUUUAAAGCAUGAAGAGUAAAGUGCAGGGCUACACUCCAAAACUACGGAUAACAUUGAAUUACUCAUGAUUGUUAUGAAAAAAGACUAAUUUUAGCUUUGUAGUUGGGACAAAAAACUGUCAUACAAAAACCGAAAUAAAUUUAUAUUCUAUUUUUGGGUCAAGAUUUAAUUGAAUGUAAAAUUUCAAGCUGGUAUUGCUUGAGUCAAAGAGCCUGUUCUAAUGACUCGUCAACACCGUUAAAUCUUCUAAACACAAGUUGCAGUACCUCAUUAAAGCGUGUCUCGCCAGCGAGCGAUGCCAAAACCUUAACAAGCUACCUUCCUGGGACGUGGUGCUUGCAGAGCAGUGUAGAUUUAAAGCAUGCCUCGCACUUCCUCUUACGGCUUAACAUACUUCAUAAACCGAAUAUUAAGGUGCUUCCAUGUGAUUCUCUGUGAAGAGGACAUUCUUUUUUAAACCUGGUGCAUUUUGAUCUUCCUAACAGGAGAGAUUUGAUUGUAGGGACAUUGUUGAAGUUCCUCUCAGAGACUUACGGUGCUGAUGUGAUUCCUAUGUGCAGAAUGCGGCUGCGAAAGGCGACGUGAUGUUUGCGCAGAGUGGCGGCAUUUAAACAGUGACUCUGUUUACUAUUUUUUUUUAAAAUGAUGGUCGCCUCUCACCUGGCAGGCAUUUCUCCGUUUUGUUAAAGACUAUUUAUGAUUUUAUCCCUCUCAUGCCGUGUUUGUACAUAUGCAUAUUAAAAGCUUUUUCGCUAAUAAUGUUCAGAUAAUACAUCAAAUAUUUUUUUUGUCAUUUUUAAUAAAAUAAAUGA